GAGGACGAUAUUGAUCAUGCUGUGGAUAUUUCAUACACAAAAUUAUUAGAAGAACAGGAAAACUAUGCUAGUAAAGGUAGUAAUUUUUCGUUUUCUAAUAUAGACGGUAUUUUACUGGGUGUUUACAAAUAUCAGCCUUUAGGCGGGAGUUCUUACAUUGAUUUACCGUAUGAUAUUAAAAACAGAAAUGCUGUAAUAAACCCACAAAAUAUAGAUCAACAAUGUUUCAAAUGGGCUAUAUUGGCGAAAAAAGUGACUGGUAAUAUCAAAUAUAUAGUAGGUUACAACUAUAAGUCUAUAGAAAACUCUUAUAAUUUCUCCGGUUUAUCAUUCCCAACAUCGAUUUCAGACAUAAAAAUUUUCGAAAAAAAUAAUCCGCAUACUUCAGUCAAUGUUUACGGACUAAAAUUGAAAGAUUUACAUAAUAAACCCGAAUAAUUAGUUUAUCCGCUGAAGAACGUAAAGACCAUAUUGAUUUGUUAAUUGUGUCAAACGCCGCGGGUGACAGCCAUUACACUUAUAUUACCGAUUUUGGUCGAAUAACAAAUAACAAAGAAUACGGCAAAAAGGAUAUUUUGUAAACGGUGUUUCACGGGCUUUAAUAAUGUACCUAAAAAGUAUAAACUACGUGGAGUUGAGGCGCUAGAAGAACAUAAAAAAAUUUGUGGUGAAAACAAACCGUUUUUACCUGUAAUGCCUGAAAAGGGCACUAAAUUAAAGUUCGAGUCAUGGGGCAAAACACAGGAACAUCCAUUUGCAAUAUAUGCAGAUUUUGAAAGCCUGCUGGUCAAGUCCAACAAUGAUACGAAAGGCAACACAAAUUUUGUUCAUGAACAUGUUGCAAUGAGCUAUGGAUACAUAGUAAAAGCAGCCGACAGUGUACCCAUAGAAUUAUUGCAACAGUAUAAUAUUCAAACGACGCCCAAAAUAUACAGAGGAAAUAAAAGCAGUGAGCCGGAGGAAGUAGUCAAUCGGUUCAUGGAUGACGUAACUGAAGUGGCGUUGAAAAUUGAAGAGUUACUCAAGACGAAUGUUGAUAUUUGUAUGACACACGAAGAAGCUGAAAAACAUAUAAAGAAAACCUGCUGCGACUUGUGUAAGGGUGGUUUUACAGAGAAAAAUCAUAAAGUAGCAGACCAUGAUCAUUUGACAGGUAGUUUUAGAAAAACACUUUGUAACAGUUGCAAUUUAAAAUUAACAACGCCCAAGUUUGUAAACGUAUAUUUCCAUAAUCUUAGCUCGUACGACGGACACUUUUUAGUUAAAGCCCUUGGAAGAGAUACUAGUAGAAUAAGUGUAAUACCCGCUACAGAAGAAAAAUAUAUUUCUUUUUCAAAGUUUGUUUCAAAUAAAUUUUCGUUAAGUUUCGUCGAUACAUUUCGUUUUAUGAGUACUAGUUUAGCGGCUCUCGCUAAAAAUUUGCGCGCCGCCGACAUAAAAUUAUUCGAAGAAACCGCAAAAGCGUUUUCAUCGGACGGUGACAUUGAUUUAGUGACCCGUAUUCAUACACCUCAAGCUGGGAUGUACUCGAAGAAAAACAAUUGCCGCCAAAAGCCGAUUUUUAUAAUGAUCUAUCAGAAACACAUAUAGAUGAUGCCGAAUACAAACACGCACAAAACGUAUGGCAACAUUUCAAUUGUAAAACCCUCGGUGAGUACUCUGAUCUGUAUCUGAAAACUGACGUAACAAUACUUGCGGAUGUUUUUACGAAUUUUCGCAAGUUAUGUUUACUAAAAUAUAAAUUGGAACCGGCAUAUUAUUUUACGAGUCCCGGUUUGUCUUUUGACGCUAUGCUGCUGCAUACGGGCGUUUCACUAGAUCUCAUGAGUGAUUAUGAACAGAAACUCUUUAUUGAGAGAGGAAUACGGGGAAGAAUGACAACUUCGGUGUUGAAACAUGCCACAGCCAACAAUGAAAAGACGCCUAAUUAUGAUAUUAAACAACAAAAAUCUGAAAUUAUAUAUUUGGAUGUCAAUAAUUUGUAUGGUUGGAGUAUGUCUCAACAUAUGCCAUGUGGUGACUUUAAGUGGUUAGACGUGGACGACGAAACAAAAAUUUUAAAGACUGUGGAAGAGUUACCUGCGGAUUCUCCUAUAGGAAUGGCCCUUGAAGUGACGGUGUCGUACCCGAAAGAGUUACAUGAUGCCCACAACGAAAUGCCGUUUCUACCUGAACGAAAAUGUCCGCCUAAUUCACGGGUCAAAAAACUGUUGUCUACUUUCGAUCGGAAAGAAAACUACGUUAUACACUAUUUAAAUUUAAAACAGGCUAUGGCAAACGGAUUGAAAGUAGAAAAGGUGCAUAAGGUUUUACAAUUUAAGCAGUCGGCCUGUCUAUCAAAAUAUAUACAACUCAACACGGAGAUGAGACAGAAAGCCAAAAAUGAUUUUGAAAAAGACUUUUUUAAAUUAAUGAACAACGCUGUUUUUGGUAAAAUGAUGGAACGUGUACAAUUUAGAACGCAAAUGGAAUUGGUCACUAAUCCUAAACGAGCGGCUAAAUUAAUUAGAAAGCAUAAUUUCAAACAUUGUACAACGUACAGUGAAAAUUUAUCAGCGUUUGUAUUGGAAAAGAAAAUUAUCAAUUUUUGUAAACCAGUAUACGUAGGUUUCGCAAUUUUAGAAAUUAGUAAAACUCUCGUAUACGAUUUCCAUUAUAACGUAAUGAAGAAAUAUUUCAAAGACCGUGCUCGACUAUUAUACGGUGACACAGAUUCAUUAGUGUACUUUAUCGUGGGUGAUGACUCUUAUGCGGUGGCAAAGAAAAAUCCUGACCUAUUGGCUAGACUUGACACUUCAGGUUUGCCGAGCAGUCACCCGUGUUAUUCAAACGCUAACAAAAAGGUGCCUGGUUUGUGGAGUGACGAAGCGCCGGGGAAAUCUAUAUUGGAGUUUAUUAGUCUAAGACCAAAAUGUUAUGGUUUUGACUUGGAGGGUAAAGAAAAAAUUAAGGCAAAAGGGAUAAACGCUGUUUGUAUGCUGAAUGAAGAGGAUUCUGCAGUAAGCGAAGCUCAUACAACAGCGGCUACAUUUGGCACGAUGGUUGUAAACAACAUUCAUGAGAGAGCCGUGGACCCUUAUUGCCCCGUUGUAAAGUACCCGACUUAUACACCAUACAGAGAAAAUGUGUCAAUCAGAUCAUUUCAACACCAAAUAUACACCAUUAAGACUAUGAAAAUGACAUUAAACCGUUUAGAUGAUAAGCGGGUUAUAUCAGAAGACCGUAUUACUACCUACGCUUACGGUCAUUAUAAACUAGAGAAUGAAGACAGCAUUGAAACUUAUGAUUUGUAGAUACAUCUUAUAAACUAAUGUAAAAAUAAUAAACAGAUUACAAACAUUUAUUAGUAAACAAUAUUAUUAUUAUUAUGUACAAAAAUUUAUUGUUGAAAUUAUAUUAAAUAAAAAAAAAAAAUUUACCUUGAUUAAAAUAUAAAUAAUUGAUUAAUCGACUCAUAUAGUAAUAAAAAACUAUGCUUAUUGAACUAUGCCUGUUCAUAGCUAAUACAUCACCCUCUUACACGUAUAA